GGAGGCCUCGGAGCGCAACUUCAGUGUCUCGCUAAUAUACCUGCGUAUCUGGAUCGCUUGCAUAACCCCGGGACUGCGUCUGCGGCUGCCGCUCACUCCGGGGCGGUAGCUCGGCCUGCGACGCCCGACCCCCCGGAAGCUCCAAAUGUCGCAGUGUAUUUUUGCAGACCGCUGUCGGAAUUUUCUCAGCGUCAAGACUCCUCAAAUUUUCUUAUAAACCUCCGUUUUGCCUACUCAGUCGCCAGCAGAAACACUCUUUUUCUUCUCUCUCCAACUUAAAUUGAUUCGCCACCAGCUCUGUAGACUCUUGUCGAUUCAUUUAAUAAUCAUUCACAAUGCUUAGAGCUUUCCGCAGCGCCGUGCCACGCGCGCACCUCUUGAAGGCUCAGGUCAAGCCCUUGAUGGCUAGAUCUCUUACCACCGACUCCUUUUUGCAAACCAAUAACGCUACUUACAUCGACGAGAUGUACGAAUCCUGGAGAGCCGACCCAUCCUCUGUCCAUGCCUCCUGGAAUGCCUACUUCAAGAACGUCGAUGCCGGUGUUGCGCCAUCCCAGGCGUUCAUGGCUCCUCCAACCUUGGUCCCAACCCCAGCAGGCGGCGCGCCAUCGUUCCUGCCAGGCUCCACCCCUAUCAAUGAGGAUGUUGUUUCCCACUUAAAGGUCCAAUUGCUCGUCCGUGCCUACCAGGUCAGAGGCCACCAGAAGGCCCACAUCGAUCCACUCGGGAUCUCUUUCGGUGACGACAAGUCCAAGCCAGUUCCAACGGAAUUGUCUCUUGACCACUACGGAUUCACCGAAGCCGACAUGGACAAGCAAAUCACCUUGGGGCCAGGUAUCCUUCCAAGAUUCGCGCACCAAGGCAUCAAGACCAUGGCUUUGCGUGACAUUAUCGCUGCUUGCGAAAAGUUGUACUGUAAGUCGUAUGGUAUCGAGUACGUCCACAUUCCAUCCCGUGAAAAGUGCGACUGGUUAAGAGAGAGAGUUGAGAUCCCUGAACCAUUCAAGUACUCCACCGAGGAAAAGAGACAGAUUCUCGACCGUCUUAUCUGGGCCACCUCCUUCGAAACCUUCUUGUCCACCAAGUUCCCUAACGACAAACGUUUUGGUUUGGAGGGUGCCGAGGCCACGGUCCCAGGGUUGAAGGCCUUGAUCGACAGAGCGGUCGAACACGGGGCCGAAGACGUCAUUAUCGGUAUGCCACACAGAGGUAGAUUGAACAUGUUGUCCAACGUUGUGCGUAAGCCAAACGAAUCCAUUUUCUCCGAAUUCACCGGGUCCAAGGACUUUGACGAAGGGUCUGGCGAUGUCAAGUACCACUUGGGUAUGAACUAUGCCCGUCCAACCACCUCGGGUAAGACCGUCAACCUUUCCUUGGUGGCCAACCCAUCCCAUUUGGAAGCCGAAGACCCGGUUGUCCUUGGUCGUACCCGUGCCAUCCAGCACUACAAGAACGACGUCGGUGAGUUCAAGAAGGCUGUUGCUGUCUUGUUGCAUGGUGACGCCGCGUUUGCGGGCCAGGGUGUUGUCUACGAAACCAUGGGUUUCCACAACUUGCCUGCCUACUCCACCGGUGGUACCAUCCACGUGAUUGUCAACAACCAGAUCGGUUUCACCACCGACCCUCGUUUUGCCAGAUCCACCCCAUACCCAUCCGACAUCGCCAAGUCCAUCAACGCUCCUAUCUUCCACGUUAAUGCCGAUGAUAUCGAGUCCGUUAUCUUCAUCAUGAACCUCGCUGCCGACUACAGAGCUACAUUCAACUCCGAUGUCAUCAUUGACAUUGUUGGGUACAGAAAGCACGGCCACAAUGAAACCGACCAGCCAUCCUUCACCCAGCCAUUGAUGUACCAGAAGAUUGCCAACAAAAAGUCCGUCAUUGACAUUUACUCCCAGAAGUUGUUGGACGAAGGUUCCUUCACCGCUGAAGACAUUGCCGAACACAAGCAAUGGGUCUGGGGGUUGUUGGAAGAGUCCUUCGGCAAGUCCAAGGAGUACGUGCCAACCGCUAGAGAAUGGUUGACCACUCCAUGGGAAGGCUUCAAGUCGCCAAAAGAGUUGGCCACUGAGAUCCUUCCACACUUGCCAACUGCUGUUGACGAGCCAACCUUGAAGAAGAUUGGUACCGCCAUCGCCUCCUGGCCAGAAGGCUUCGAAGUUCACCGUAACUUGAAGCGUAUCUUGAACAGCAGAUUGAAGUCGACUGAUUCCGGUGAGGGUAUUGACUGGUCUACCGGUGAAGCCUUGGCGUUCGGUUCCUUGCUUUUGGAAGGUUACCACGUCAGAGUUUCCGGUCAGGACGUCGAGAGAGGUACCUUCUCCCAGCGCCAUGCCGUUUUGCACGACCAAAACUCCGAAAAGACCCACACUCCAUUGAAGAACUUGUCGGAAAACCAGGCUGACUUUGCCAUCUCCAACUCCUCUUUAUCCGAGUACGGUGUCAUGGGGUUCGAGUACGGUUACUCCUUAACCUCCCCAGAUGCCUUGGUCCAGUGGGAAGCUCAGUUCGGUGACUUUGCCAAUACUGCCCAGGUCAUUGUCGACCAGUUCAUCUCUGGUGGUGAGUCCAAGUGGAAGCAACGUUCCGGUCUUGUAUUGUCCUUGCCACACGGUUACGAUGGCCAAGGUCCAGAACACUCCUCCGGCCGUUUGGAAAGAUACUUGCAAAUGUGUUCCGAAGACCAGCGUGUUUUCCCCUCCGCCGAAAAGUUGGAGAGACAACACCAGGACUGUAACAUGCAGAUAGCCUACCCAACCACCCCGGCCAACCUCUUCCACUUGUUGCGUCGCCAAAUGCACAGACAGUUCAGAAAGCCGUUGGUUCUCUUCUUCUCUAAGGCUUUGUUGCGUCACCCAUUGGCCCGUUCCGAUCUUUCCGAGUUCACCGGUGAGUCUCACUUCCAGUGGAUCAUCGAUGAUGUCGAAAUUGGUAAGUCGAUUGGCCAGCCUAAAGACAUCAAGAGAGUUGUUCUCUGUUCCGGUCAGGUUUACGCUGCUUUGUACAAGCAUCGCCAAGCUUUGGAGAACAAGGACACUGCUAUCAUUAAGGUUGAGCAGCUCCACCCCUUCCCAUACGCCCAGUUGAGAGACGCCUUCAACAACUACGAGAACGCUACCGACAUUGUUUGGUGCCAGGAAGAACCAUUGAACAUGGGUGCCUACUCCUUCGCCGCUCCUCGUGUCCAAACCACGUUGGCCGAAAGCGUCCACAACGGUAAGACCCUCAGAUACGCCGGUCGUGAUCCAUCUGCCUCUGUUGCUUCUGGUUCCAAGUCCAACCAUCUUAAGGAGGAAACUCAUUUCCUUAACGAUGUUUUCCAGGUCUAAUGCUAGGUCCUUGUGUUCUGCC